AUGGAGAAGCUGCCUCCUGAGUCUCCGCCGGGACCGCCCUGGCCCUCCGUCCAGUUUGUCGACCCCGGCGAGCCCGCACCACCCGACCGGUCCCCCCCGGGGCAGAGCGAGGACCGGCGGACGCCAUCGGAUGAUCGCAUCCUGGACAAGAAGGAGGGCGAGCAGGCUAAGGCUCUCUUCGAGAAGGUGAAGAAACUCCGCGCUCACACGGAGGCGGGCGGCGGGCUCCACAGGAUAUACGUGUUGCAGACGGCGGCCCGCUUGCUGCAGGCGCUGGUGGUGCUCGCGUACACCGGCUACGCCUGCCCCAAUAUGCGCUACCACAUCCACUGCGUGGAAGGCGAGUACAUCACGGGCUACGGGAACUUCUACUGCGUCCACGGGCUGUGGCGCAUCUUCCGCAUGAUGUGGAUGGCCUACGCGACCACGAUGUGCGUUUACGCGCUCACCUGUGCCUACGUCGUCUACUGGGUGGUGACCUGCAGGCUCAAGGAGUACAGCUUCGCGGAGACGCGCCAGGAGACGGGGGUGGACGACAUUCCGGACGUACGCAACGACUUCGCCUUCCUCCUGCACCUAGUGGACAAGUACAACCCCUGCUACGCAUCCAAGUUCUCCGUCUUCCUGUCCGAGGUGAGCGAAAAUAAGCUGAGGCAGGUCAACGUGGAUCAAGUGUGGACCCUGUCGCAUCUGAUGGGGCUGCUGGAGAUCAACGCGCAGGGCGAGAGCGAGCUACGCCUCUGUAAGCUGGCAGCGGUGCCAGUGGACACAUACCGCCUCACUCAGAUACAGGUGCUGACGCUGGACUCGAUGCACGGGGUGACGCUGGGGGCGGCGGUGGUGCAGUUGGUGAACCUGCACCAACUCCGGCUGCUGAACUGCACCGUGAGCGUCGACAAUCGCGCACUCGCCUUCCUCAGUGAGGAGCUGCACCAGUUGGAGGUGAAGUUUGCGGUCAAGGCGGAGGUCCCGGGCUGGCUGCGUGAAAUGCGCCACCUGGAGGAGCUGUUCCUGGAGGGGCCCCUGACGCCCGCGCUCCUUAAGCCGCUGGGCGGCCUCAGGCGCCUGCGGGGCCUGCGCCUGAUGACAAGCGUCGCCCGCCUCCCGCCCGGCCUGGCCGCCGUCGCUGGCGGCGGCCUGCGCGCGUUCGCCCUCGACAACGGCGGCGUGCGCCUCGAGUCGCCGGCGCCCCUGAGCAAGCUGCGCGGCUUGGAGACGCUGCGGCUGACACGCUGCGGCCUGGAGCCCGCCGAGCUUCCGCGGCCCCUGCUGGCGCUGGGACGCUUGAGCGACCUCGACCUGUCCCGCAACGGCCUCCGCUCGCUGGGCGACGGCGAUGACGCGUCGCUGCCGGCGGCCGCCUGGGAGCGCCUCGCCGUCCUGCGCCUUUCGGACAACGCCCUCGUGAGCAUCCCACGGUUCGCGGCGGGGGCGGGGUCGCCGGCCCUGCGCUCGCUCUUCCUCGACGGGAAUCUCAUCGAGGGCGAGCUGCCCGCGGGGCUGCUCCGCCUGCACGGCCUGCGCGUCCUCGACCUGAGCCGCAACGCCAUCGCUGCCCUGCCGCCCGACAUGUGGCUGCUGACUCAGCUGAGCACCCUCCUUCUGUCGGGCAACGCCCUGCGGCGUCUGCCCGAUGAGUUGUUCCGGUGCGAGGGAUUGCGGACGCUGGCGCUCGCCAACAACGAGCUGUGCGAACUCAGCGGCCUGGUGGGGAGGCUGAGGAGGCUGCGCAGGUUGGAGCUGGUGGGGAACCGGCUGACGGAGCUGCCGGCCGAGCUGGGGGAGUGCGCGGAGCUGAGGCGCAGGGGGCUGGUGGUGGAGGAAGAGCUCUUCGAGUCGCUGCCCGCGCGGGUGAAGGAGGCGAUGCGGGGCGAGCCCAGCAGAACGACGCAGAGCCCCUCUGGAAGCCGGGAGAGAAACGCAAGAAACUGGGAGGGAACCCCAAGACACUGAGAUGCUUUUACCAGUAAUUACAACCAC